AGGAGUUUGAGAGAAAUCAUUACUUUAUUACUGGAACAGAACAGGGACAAGGUGGCCUCCUAAGUUUUGGGCAGUUUUCUCCAAAAUGGCGCUGCCCCACUACUGAGAAGCAGCUGCUCAGCUUCUUGUCUGACCUGUCUUCGGCCCGCCUGCCUUCACUCCAGCCUCCACCAUGUCCAUCAGGGUGACUCAGAAGUCCUACAAGGUGUCCACCUCCGGUCCCCGGGCCUUCAGCAGCCGCUCCUACACCAGUGGGCCCGGGGUGCGAGUCAGCUCCUCAAGCUUCUCUAGGGUGGGCAGUGGCAGCAGCUUCCGGGGAAGCAUGGGUCUCAGUGGCCUCAGUGGGGCUGGUGUAGGGGGCAUCACAUCCGUCACAGUGAACCAGAGCCUGCUGAGCCCCAUGAAGCUGGAGGUGGACCCCAACAUCCAGGCGGUGCGCACUCAGGAGAAGGAGCAGAUCAAGAGCCUCAACAAUAAGUUCGCCUCCUUCAUUGACAAGGUCCGGUUCCUGGAGCAGCAGAACAAGAUGCUGGAGACCAAGUGGAGCUUCCUGCAGCAGCAGAAGACAGCUCGCAGUAACAUGGACAACAUGUUCGAGACUUAUAUCAACAACCUUCGACGGCAGCUGGAUUCACUGGACCAAGACAAGCUGAAGCUGGAGGCCGAGCUUGGCAACAUGCAGGGGCUGGUGGAGGACUUCAAGAAUAAGUACGAGGAUGAAAUCAACAAGCGAACAGAGAUGGAGAAUGAAUUUGUCCUCAUCAAGAAGGAUGUAGAUGAAGCCUAUAUGAACAAGGUAGAGCUGGAGUCCCGCCUGGAAGGGCUGACGGAUGAGAUCAACUUCCUCAGGCAAUUGUACGAAGUGGAGAUUCGUGAGAUGCAGUCCCAGAUCUCGGACACCUCUGUGGUGCUGUCCAUGGACAACAGUCGCUCCCUGGACAUGGAUGGCAUCAUUGCCGAGGUCAAGGCCCAGUACGAAGAAGUCGCCAACCGCAGCCGGGAGGAAGCAGAGCGUAUGUACCAGAUCAAGUACGAGGAGCUGCAGAUGACGGCUGGGAAACACGAGGAUGACCUGCGUCACACCAAGGGGGAGAUCACUGAAAUGAACCACAGCAUCCGGAGCCUGCAGGCAGAGAUCGAAAAACUCAAAAGCCAGAAGGCAGGCCUGGAGGCCGCCAUUGCGGAUGCAGAGCAGCGCGGGGAGAUGUCCAUUAAAGAUGCCAAUGCCAAAUUGGCUGAGCUGGAGGCUGCCCUGAAGCGGGCCAAGCAGGACAUGGCGCAGCAACUGCGCGAGUACCAGGAGCUCAUGAACGUCAAGCUGGCGCUGGACAUCGAGAUCGCCACCUACCGCAAGCUGCUGGAGGGCGAGGAGAGCCGGUUGGAGUCUGGGAUGCAGAACAUGAGCAUCCGUACCAAGACCACCAGUGGCUACUCAGGAGGGCUGAACUCAGCCUAUGGGGGCCUCACAAGCCCUGGCUUCAACUACAGCAUGAGCUCCUUCCAGCCCAGCUUCAGCUCUGCGGGGGGUUCCAGCACCUUCACCCGUACCACCAAGGCUGUGGUGGUGAAGAAGAUCGAGACCCGAGAUGGCAAGCUGGUGUCGGAGUCUUCUGACGUCCUGCCUAAGUAAACCACUACUAUAUCCUCUCCUAGCUGAGGCCCCUCGCAGGCUGCCCUUGGGCCUGUGGGGGAGACGGCUGGACAGGAGAGCACAUGAGCUUAUCUGAGGCUUGGCCUAGCCCUCAGUCCCUACUUGGGAAGAGUCUACUCCCUGGAGCAUCCCUCUUGCCUGUGCCCCAUACCACCAAAAUUUUAUCCUUUUUUUUUUUUUUUUUUUCCAAAAUAAAGCCUCAGCUGGCUCUGCUAACUGA